CAUUUCUCGCCCUGUCCAAAGGACGGCGAUAACAGCAGACAAACUUCACUAUGGGGCCACUGUUUCCUCAAAUACCAAGCCUAAUACAAUCCUUUGAAUUGUUUCCAAAUGAAAUCUAUAUGUGAAAUGAGCUAAUGGGCAGUAAGUAUUUCACAAUAUACGUUUUAGUGACUGCUGGUCGGCGGCCGGUUGACUUCAGUGCUGUCAUGUGAACCUUAGCUGCAGGGUGUACAGAGCGCCCAAUGAAGAGAACGAUAAAGGCUUUGCUUAUGGGGGAAAUGCCAAGCAAGAACCACAAAACAAAUGAAACACAUCAUCACGUUUCACUUAACACAAGCAUUUUGAAACUUUAAAUUAAUAAUUUUCACAUCUGUCUAUAAGUAUUUAACAAGCAAUGGCAUCUUUAAAUGAAGGCCCAGAUGACCUAACAAAAGAUGGGAAUCACUUUAUGUCUAAAGGCAGCCCAUCUAGCUUCACCCUUUCUAUCAGCAGUAACACAAAAAAAGAGUUUUCAGACUUAGAUCCCCUGGUGCCCCAUGCGGUCUAUGGGACAUUUUCAACCUCUACAGCCAUGAUACAGGAUGAACCACUGGAUAUUCGUCAAAAGAUGCCGAGUGAGUCGGUCGGAGCUAUGGUGCUACAGAUUCUGGUUCCGUGCCUCCUCGCGGGUUUUGGAACAGUGAUGGCGGGGACGUUACUUGAACUUGUGCAGCACUGGGACGUCUUUCUAAAUGUGACUGAGAUCUUCAUCCUGGUCCCACCUCUACUUGGUCUAAAGGGCAACCUAGAGAUGACACUGGCAUCAAGACUAUCCACUGCAGUGAAUGUUGGCAGAAUGACCUCUUCAAGUGAGAAGUGGAACCUGAUUGUGGGAAAUCUUGCCCUCAAGCAGCUACAAGCAACUGUCCUGGGCUUUAUCGCUGCACUGGUAGCUUCAGGUCUUGGAUGGAUCCUACUGGACGAGAUUCUUAUAAACCAUGUAGCAUUGCUUUGCUGUUGCAGUGUAGUGACUGCAUUCACGUCAUCAAUGUUGCAAGGGGUCUUAAUAGUUGGUGUGAUUAUUGGAUCAAAAAAGGUCGGCAUCAACCCAGACAACAUAGCCACGCCGCUCGCAGCCAGUUUUGGAGACCUCAUCACAUUGGGACUUCUUGCCAUCAUUGGUCAAGGCUUCUUUUAUUGCAUGGAGCCUUACCCAUAUAUUUCCUACCUGGUGUGUAUCAUUUUCUUGUGUCUGACACCACUGUGGGUAAUCGUUUCAUUUCGGCAUCCUGAGAGUCGCAAACUGCUCCGUACCGGCUGGGAGCCAAUAGUAACAGCUCUUAUGAUCAGCAGUCUUGGAGGACUGAUUCUGGACAAAACCAUUACUGAUCCGAACCUUGAGAGAAUUGUGGUGUACACACCUGUUAUAAAUGGUGUUGGUGGUAAUCUGGUUUCGAUCCAGGCUAGUCGAAUAGCUACCUAUCUGCAUUUUCAGUGUACUCUAGGUGAGCUUCCAGACGAUGCUAAAGGAUGUUACUGCCCCUGUCGCAGCUUUUGUGCCAAAGGCCCGAAUGGAAGAUCAGCACAGGUGCUGCUCGCAUUGGCCAUCCCAGGUCAUCUGGUUUUCAUCUACACCAUUUACCUAAUAGAAGGGAGACAAACUCCGCCCACUCCUGUCUUUAUAUCUUUCUAUUUGGUUGCAGCUUUUACACAGGUUUCACUACUGCUGUGCAUAGCUGAUGCGAUGGUUCACUGCUUGUGGAAGUUCGGCAGGGAUCCUGAUAGCUUCUCCAUCCCUUAUCUGACAGCUCUGGGGGAUCUGCUGGGCACUGCCUUUCUGGCACUAUGUAUUUAUCUCAUGUCAUUGGUUACAUAAAUGCUGGUAUUGGUGAUAAAGGACAUUAUCAGUGUUCUAGAAAGCUGUAAGUUCCUAAAAUAGAUUUUAUCUCAUUCAUAAAACCACUCAGUGUACUGAGACAUGAAUCAUGAUGUUGCUGGUCUACAUUUUUGGCAUUUCUCAGCACAGUGCAUCUAACUGAAUAUUUGUGGACAGCUUUUGAAAUAGUUUUUAAUAACAAUUCCACAUCGACCCUUUUAAUGUCAGACAAAUCAUUGCACAUUUUGCUGAAUUCCACAAUAUGCUGGCUGUACCAUGAGACAAUAGGUUUUUGUACUUCCUAGUCAUGUGACAAUUAUCUAUAUAAAGAAGUGCUGUUAUCCACUCCAUUAUGUAUAAAUACGUUACAGGUGCUCUUAAAUUUACUUUUUUUUUACAUACCAUACA